AUGCGAAUGAGUGAUCGAGAUGCUGACCCAGCCAUCAAUGCAAGACUCGAGCCCUUAGGCCAGACAGCCCUCAGUAUCAUUUAUGCUGACAAGUCUGAACCUCAAAUUGCUAUUAAAGCUAUCGGCUUCUGGCUAGAUGGGGAAAUGAACGACCAUGCUGCCCUUGCCGAGGACACGACUGAGACGUUCAAACGUGAAGCUGCCAUAUAUGAUGUUUUGGGUUCGCAUAAACACAUUCUCAAAUCAUAUGGGGUUGCGUAUCUUCCCGCUGCUGAAGGCGGAGGAUCAGAACCCUCGCCCAAAAGCGAGAGAGAAGCCUGGGCAUUGAAACUUGAGAGAGAUCCCCAUGGCAACCUUCGCGAGCGUAUGCUCAAGGGCGAUGCACUACCUAUAGCCCAACAUUUAAAUAUAGCAGGGAUACUUCGUUCUGUUGAUUCUAGAGGAAUUUAUUGGGAAGUAACUCUACUGUUCUAUUCCAAUUGGUGUAUACCACUUAUUAUCCUACCCCUCGGAAGACGGAUUCAUAUCUCUUCCGGAGUCUCCGUUAGACAAGAGUGA